AUGGCCUCCGCCGUGUUCUUUCUCGACCUCAAGGGCAAGACCCUUCUUGCCCGCAACUACCGAGGUGACAUUCCCAUGUCGGCCGUCGAGAAAUUCCCCAUUCUACUCAGCGAAGCCGAGGAGGAGAGCUCCGCAGUGCCACCGUGCUUCUCGUCCGAAGGCAUCAACUACCUCUACAUCAGACAUAACAACCUGUACCUGCUCGCUCUCACGAAGCGCAACACCAAUGCCGCCGAGAUCCUCCUCUUCCUGCACAAGAUCGUUGAGGUCUUCACCGAGUAUUUCAAGGAGCUGGAGGAGGAGAGUAUAAGGGACAACUUCGUCGUCAUUUACGAGCUGCUCGACGAGAUGAUGGACUUCGGACACCCCCAGACCACCGAAAGCAAGAUACUACAGGAAUACAUUACGCAGGAAUCGCACAAGCUCGAGGUUCAAGCCCGUCCGCCCAUUGCCGUCACCAAUGCUGUGUCCUGGCGUAGCGAAGGUAUCCGCUACCGCAAGAACGAAGUCUUCCUUGACGUCGUCGAGUCGCUCAACCUCUUGGUAUCCGCCAACGGCAACGUGCUGCGCUCCGAGAUUCUGGGUGCCAUCAAGAUGAAGUGCUAUCUCUCCGGUAUGCCUGAGCUGCGCCUGGGUUUGAACGACAAGGUCAUGUUUGAGACGACUGGAAGGGCGACCAGAGGCAAGGCGGUCGAAAUGGAGGACGUCAAGUUCCACCAGUGCGUGCGCUUGAGUAGAUUCGAGAACGACCGGACUAUCAGCUUCAUCCCGCCUGACGGAGAGUUCGAACUUAUGAGCUACCGAUUGAACACGCAAGUUAAGCCACUGAUCUGGGUCGAGUGCAUCGUUGAAAGCCACUCAGGCAGCAGAAUAGAGUACAUGCUCAAGGCGAAAGCACAAUUCAAGAGGCGCAGCACGGCUAACAACGUGCAAAUCAUCAUCCCCGUUCCCGAUGACGCGGAUAGUCCGCGCUUCCGCACCAACAUCGGCACCGUUCACUACCAGCCUGAGACCUCGUCCAUUGUCUGGAAGAUCAAGCAAUUCGGCGGUGGCAAGGAGUUCCUGAUGCGCGCCGAACUCGGCCUUCCUUCUGUUCGGGGCGAUGACGAGAAGGGUGGCGGCAUGAUGGGUGGUUUCGGUGGCAGCAUGGGAGGUGUUGGCAGUGGCAAGGGCAAGAGGCCCAUCAACGUCAAGUUCGAGAUUCCCUACUUCACGACCUCCGGCAUCCAGGUGCGGUACCUGAAGAUCAUCGAGCCCAAGCUGCAAUACCCCUCGCUGCCAUGGGUCAGGUACAUCACGCAAUCCGGCGAUAUCGCCGUUCGCUUGCCCGAUGUGCAGUAG